CGGUUCUCGCGCCCAGAAUGGAAACACGCAACGCCAGAGGAGAAGGCGGGAGCCAUUGACCGAUCGUUAUUCCUGUGGUUGAAUCAUAUAUUCAUCAAGGGCUUCAAGACCUUUCUGACAGUCGAUAUGCUGACCUCGGUUGACCCUGAAAUCCUCUCCGCGUCCCGACCUUUGAAGUUGCAGCAACGAUGGGACAUUGCUGACCACUCUAGCGACUACGCUCUGUUCUGGACCUUUUUGAUUCACUACAAGUGGCCCUUUCUUGCAGGUGUACUGCCGCGACUCGCUUAUAGUGGAUUCCUUUUCGCACAGCCGUUUCUCGUGGAGCGCGUGCUCGAUUUUAUAGAUGAGGCCAGGACCCCAACAACCAAUGACACCGCAUACGGUCUGAUUGGUGCGUACGCCAUUGUCUAUAUUGGCAUCGCGGUCUCGUAUGCCGUCAACCAGCACAAGACGUACCGCUUGCUUACCAUGUACCGCGGAAGCCUCGUCAUGAUGAUAUUCGAAAAAACACUGAAGAUGAAAUCAACCUCUAUCGCAGACGCGGAGGCAAUUACGCUCAUGAGUGCCGACAUCGAUCGCAUAGGACAUAGUUUGCCCCUCAUUCACGAGCUUUGGGCGAGUUUCAUCGACGUAGCCAUCGCCUGCUGGCUCUUGUAUCGCCUUCUGGGAAUCGCUGUGGUGGCCCCAAUUUUAUGGAUCGUUCUAUGUCUCAUCGCGGGUCUUCCGCUAGCGGGUGCCGCUGGAAAUGCCCAGACGCCCUGGCUGGAAGCCAUCGAAUCCCGUCUGGCUGCGACUGCAAAGGCGCUAGGAUCAGUCAAGGCCAUUAAGAUGACUGGGUUGGCGGACGUUGUUUCCGCCACGAUUCGUCAGCUCAGGCUGGACGAGAUUCGUGCAUCUCUGAGGUGGCGAGUCUUGAACAUCUUUGUCACCAUAUUUUAUUUUGCAUCAUCCACGUUUGCGCCGGUCUGGGGCUAUGGGGUAUACAUCAUCCUGGCAAGGUCGCGAAACACAGAGACCUUGACUGAUAGUAUUGCAUUUUCCGCGCUCAGCUUAUUCGAGCUGAUGAACCAACCCAUGAUCUACAUCAUUGACGGCUUUGAACACAUCCAGACGGUUGCCAAUUCGUUUCGUCGAAUCCAAGAGUAUUUGACAUCAGAGGAUCACCAUGACUUCCGAAUCACCCCCGACUUUAAGCAGCCUUCUGACAGUAUAUCGUCCAACAGCGAUAAUACAGACGACAUUUCUCUCAAAGAAAACCCGGCCUCCAAGGCCAUCGCCGAACUAGACCAACACCAGAAUGUUGCUUCUGUCAAAGAGGUGUCCACUGGUUAUGAUGAAGAUACGACUAUACUACAUGACUUGAACCUUGAUAUUCCUCGUGGCCAAAUAACAAUGAUAUUUGGUCCGGUGGGAUCUGGCAAGUCGACGCUUCUCAGGCUCUUACUCGGGGAGAUGCCAUGUGUUUCUGGAAAUGUUGCCACGUCCUUUCGUAAAGCCGCAUUCUGCCCCCAAACCCCUUGGAUCACAUGGGGAUCGGUUCGAAGCAACAUCAUAGGCGCCUCCGAGUACGAUAGCAAGUGGUAUAAUAUCGUCAUUCAGGCUUGUUCACUAGUCGCCGACCUGGAUGAACUACCACACGGCGACCAAACCAACACUGGUACGCGAGGAUCAAGACUCAGUGGUGGUCAGCAAAUGCGCGUAUCCUUAGCUAGGGCUCUGUAUAAUCGAAGUCCCAUCCUCGUCUUAGACGAUGUGCUUACUGGCCUUGACCGCACGACUGAGCGCGCAGUCUUAGAAAGCGUCCUCGGAGCCGACGGUCUUGCGAAGAAGGUUGGCACCACCGUAAUAAUGACCACGAACACUGCUAGCCACCUGCAGUUCGCGGACAAAAUUGUCAUGUUGAACGAACAUGGCAAGAUUGCACACCAAGGUACCCUCGACGCUAUCUCACCGUCAGGAGACUGGAUCCGCAAGCUUUCGGAACAGCCAACCGUCACAACGUCCCGUCCAUUGCUGGAACUCUCCGAUGAGACGAUGCAGGAGGUGGGCGUUCCUCUUGACGGCGGAAACGAACCAGAUCCCAAGAAGCAAAGUGGUGAUUGGAAGGUGUAUUCUUUCUAUGUCAAAAUUGCGGGCAGCUGGAGGAUGAGUUUAUAUGUCUGCGCCUGUGCCACCUUUGUGUUUGGUGUCAACUUCCCUUCUGUAUGGCUGCAAAAGUGGACAAACUACAACGCUGAUCAUCCCAACCAAGAGAUUGGCUACUACCUCGGUGUGUACGCAGCUCUCGCUUCAAUAGCGAUCAUUGGCUGUUCCCUUGCCGACGGUGUGUUUAACCUGUUUGUAAUUCCGCGGACGUCCCGGAAGCUCCAUGAGCUUCUUUUGACAGCCACUAUGCGGGCACCUACGUCUUUUCUCACAUCCACGGAUGCAGGCGUAACGCUCAACCGAUUCAGCCAAGACCUUGAACUCAUUGACCAAGAUUUGCCCACUUCGUUGGAUCAAACCAUCUUUCAGCUACUGAGUGCCAUCAUGUCGGCGGUCAUCUUAUUCAUCGGCUCUGGCUACGUCGCCAUCGCAAUUCCACUGUGCAUUGUAGUCAUCGUGGCCAUCCAGCUGUUCUAUCUGCGCACAUCCCGACAGCUGCGAAUACUCGAUAUUGAAGCCAAGGCGCCUCUCUUCUCCCAGUUCUUGGAAACCCUGGGUGGUAUAUCCUCUAUACGGGCCUUUGACUGGACAAGCCACUACGUCGAAUCUGUCCACGACUCCCUCAACGUGUCACAAAAGCCAUACUAUCUGCUGUGGUGUGUCCAGCGAUGGCUGACAAUGGUACUGGACCUAUUUGUCGCUGGAGUCGCCAUUAUUCUCGUUGCCCUUGCGACAAAUAUCAGAGGCAGUGGCUCAACUGGCUAUCUCGGCGUAGCCUUGUAUCAAGUCGUGACAUUCAGUACCACGCUACAGACGCUCGUUACCGAGUGGACGCAGGUUGAAAUGGCUCUUGGAGCUAUCAGUCGUGUCCGUACCUAUAUUCUCGACACAAAAGACGAGAACCUGCCCAAUGAGACCGGACUUGUCAGCGACAAAUGGCCCGCAAAGGGCGCCGUUGUAUUCAACGGUGUCUCUGCAUCCUACGACACUUCCACGGACCCAGUACUCAAGGAUAUCAACCUUUCCAUAACACCUGGUGAAAAGGUAGCCAUCUGCGGUCGCACAGGUAGCGGCAAAUCUUCCCUAGUAUCAACUCUCCUGCGCAUGCUGGAGCUUCAAUCAGGAUCGAUUUGCGUCGACGACAUCGACAUCAGCACCAUCACACGCCAGGCCGUUCGUGCUCGCUUCAACUCCCUUCCCCAAGACCCGUUCUUCCUAAAAGGCACCGUCCGCGAGAACCUUGACCCUCUCGGGGUCGCUACCGACGAGCGCCUGAUUCAGGCACUUCAAUCUGUGCGCCUAUGGGACUUUUGCGAGUCUCGUGGCGGGCUGGAUGAGGAUAUGAACGAAGAGACCUUGUCGCAUGGACAGAGGCAAUUGUUCUGUCUUAUUCGAGCAGUUAUCAAUCCAAGCAGCGUCCUCAUCAUGGAUGAGGUGGGUAGCAGCGUUGACGCGGAUACGGACGCUUUGAUACACGAGGUUCUGCAGAAAGAAUUUGAGGCGUGCACUGUCAUCGCUGUUGUUCACAAGCUACACACAACGCUGGACUUUGAUCGCUUCGUGGUGCUAGACAAAGGGCGGAUCGUUGAGGAGGGCCCACCGCGUGAGCUGCUUGAACGGCCAGGAUCACUGUUCAAGGCGCUAUAUGAGAGCAUGCAGACAGAGGAGAAGUAA